CUUUACCUUCGCAUACAACCAAUAUUAUUUCCUCUCCCGUAGAUGCUCCAGACCAUGAAUCCUCCACUCCAGAAUCAUCACCCAAUAUACCUGUUCGUCCCAUUAGGAACAGAAAACCCAACCCCAAAUUUCUUGGGGAUCCCUUCAUUAACUCUACCACCACUCAUCCUCUACCUUACACCCCUGAACCCACCAGUGUGCGUGCUGCAACAUGUGACCCCAAAUGGCGAGCCACAAUGCAGGAAGAAUUUGAUGCUCUUAAACGCAACAAUACUUGGGAACUUGUUCCCCGCAAUGCUCAGCACCCAAUAUCGUGCAAGUGGUUGUUUCGUAUUAAACGAAACCCUGAUGGCUCCAUUGCCCGAUACAAAGCCCGUUUGGUGGCUCGUGGGUUCCUUCAGCAGCCCGGGAAGGACUAUUUUGAGACAUUCAGUCCCGUUACAAAACCCGCUACGGUUUGUAUUAUUCUGUCUCUUGCGCUGGCAAAUAACUGGCCGCUCCGGCAACUUGAUGUUAACAAUGCGUUCCUCCAUGGAACGUUAUCGGAGGAAGUCUAUAUGACUCAACCCCCGGGGUUUGUGGAUCCGGCUUUUCCUAAACACAUUUGCAGACUUCGCAAAGCUCUUUAUGGGCUGAAGCAAGCUCCUCGCGCAUGGUACAUGGAGCUGUCCAACUUUCUGGUUACUUCCAGAUUUCGAAAAUCUCGAGCCGAUGCCUCCCUAUUUAUCUAUACUCAUCAACAUACUCGUUUGUAUUUCCUUGUAUAUGUUGAUGACAUUGUAUUGACAGGGAAUGAUUCCAAAGCUCUAAAUCACUUUGUCACUCAGCUCAUGCGCAGAUUUUCUGUCAAGGAUCUUGGUAUGCUUCAUCAUUUCUUGGGUAUUGAAGUCAUACCAAAUGCUACUGGUUUGUUUCUCACGCAGAGGCAGUAUAUUUUGCAUAUACUUGAAUCAUGUCGCAUGGAAGGUGCCAAGGAAUCCUGCACACCACUCGGAUCCACAUCACUAAUUCCACUGGAACAUGACACUCAUACGGAUGCCACUCAGUAUCGUCGCACCCUAGGCCUACUUCAAUAUCUGUCUUUCACUCGGCCGGAUAUUUCAUUUGCGGAAAGGCAAAUUGCUAAGUUUAUAGUAAUCUACACAACUACGACAUAUAUAUAAUGAGCUAAUGAAGGAUUUGGAUAUAAAUUACUUGGUAAUAAUGAGUCAUAUUUAUCUAUUCAUUUUCCAAUGUUCUUUUUAGUAGAUUUACAAUUUUAAUGUAGUACCUUUUACCCUUCUCAAGAAUUCCGGAUGAUUCCAGUUUAGUUGGCC